CAUAACUUUAUCAGCAAGAGCUAGUGAGCUUAUGCAAUUUCAAAUUGGCUUUAAUAGCACAAUUCUAAAAGUAUUGGGGGUUUUGAUGUAUAAUUACAUAAGUAUACGACUAAAUUUUGGAAAAUCGUAGAAGUAUGAGGGUCUAAAAAAGAAAUUACGUUAAAUAACAAAUACUAUUCUAUUGACUAAAAAUUAUCUAAGCACCGUUUCCAACUUCCAGACCAAGAAACCAAAAUGGGAAUCAGAAUCGACGGCGGAGAGGUGCUGGAGACUUUCGAAAGAGCUGAUGCUGUUACAGUGACCAGUCUCGGCAAUCAGAAACCACCCAUGUCUUCAUUCGUUUCAUCAUCUGAGCCGGUGAAGGCGAGUUAUGGAUCUAACGGUGAGGAGGAUGAAGAGUAUGAAUGGGUGGCUGUAGAUAAAGAGGUUGAUUUUAUCACGGAUAAAGCUCCGGAGCUUGACGAAGUUGACGAUGCUUUCUCUGCACUUCAAUUGAUGUUCAAUGAGGAUGAUGAGAAAUCAGAAGACCAAGUUACAGAGUCGGAGUCUGUGGAUUGGAUUGAGCCUCCGUUGCAGCUCUGUAAUACUAGUCUUCUACAGCCUUAUAUGCUGGAUAGAUUCUACGACGCCUUUCAUGUGUUUCAGACCGACCCUUCUGUUCAGAGAAUGGUUAUCUCUUUGACUUCAGACAGGGCUGUUUGGGAUGCAGUGAUGAAUAAUGUGGUUGUCCGGGAGCUCAUAAGCAAUGUUGAGAGGUCAGAAGAAGACUCUGCUUCAGCCCCAAAUUGUUGUAUAAGAAGGUUGUUUGAGAGAAGUGCUAUCAAAAUCAUGGACGCCAUGGAGAGAGUCACAAAGUACGUCACUGACCUCUUCAAUGUUGUUCCUGGACAUGAGACAGUUAUUUUAGCUUCAGGUGCUUCCCCGGUGAUGGAGAAGCUUCAGAUCUCCGUUCUGCUCACCAUUGUUGUCCUUCUUAUCGUUUUAGUUACCCGAGUGACGAGAGGUAGAUAGUAUUUCAAUUGUGAGUGCGCGACCUCUGCGGCUGAAACCGCUGCAGAAGAAAAGUGAUACUUGUGCUACUCGUGUGUAAUAAGAACAGUGAUUUCAAUCACAAUAUAUGUCAUUGAAACAUUAAACC